CCCACAUCCUACCCUAAAACCCCAAGACUUUCAAGAGAAGAGCAUCGCAUUUGCUCACCAAGAAAACCAACAAAAACCCAGAGAGAGGUUCUUUCUGCCAAACUUGAAUUUUUGGAAUCUUCUGGGCUUUUCUGACUGUCUGAACAGUAAUAUCUCAACAUUCGUAGUCGUGGUAAGUAUGAAGGUACGAGCAUCAGUGAAAAAGAUGUGUGAAUUCUGCAGAACUGUUAAGCGCCGUGGACGUGUUUAUGUACUCUGCACUGCCAACCCAAAGCAUAAGCAACGGCAAGGCCUUUCCACAUUUGCUUAUGAAGGCAUAUUGCCUACUAGAACGACAGAAACAAAUGUCAAGCAUGCAAUUGUGCCCAGCUACAGCAUGCGGCCAGGACUAGCAUCCCUUCUUCCCAAAAAGCAAGAGCCUUCAUUGAUGAUUGGAUGGAGGGCUAACCUGGCAUCUCUCAUAUUCAAACGUGGAAAUUAGGGGAACCAAAAAGGAGAUUACAGUUGUGGACUUCAUAUUCAACUGAUGCUGCUGAAUCUAAGAUUCUAUGAAUUUUGUUUUGAGUUGCAAUUAUAUUAGUGAACAGUGAUGAUAUAUCUGGAACUAUCUUUGGUAUUUUGUUUCAUCAUGAUGCUGUGCUUAUUGUUGCUGUCCUAAAACAGCUGUUGGAACACACAUAUAAAUGAAACUCGGUAUCUUUUGAUUGUUUU